GCACGCUUUGGGAACACACAGUGUGCGGAGCGUCCGCAGUCGCAGUAGCACUCGAAGUCCGCAUCCGCAGCGUUUUCGAAUCUUUCGAACCAUCCAUCCAUCCAUCUGGCGUAUCGUAAAUAACCAAUCGAACCCAAUACCGUGAUCGCGUCCGGAAUCGCGUUUUCGGGUUUUUGUGAAAUCGUGUCCCAAGGAGAUCGAAACAAUAAUAAUCUCAUCGGAUAGGAUGUUUGAAACAGAAAAGUUCGUUUCGAAAUCCAAGUAUUGCUGGCCAAGAGAGUCGUUACAAUUUGAAAAGGCCGCUAAAAUCGUUUAGUUUACGACCACAUUAAAGAGCGAAAAAUAUAUCAAAAAAUUAUGGUUAGUGCUGUGUUUGAAAAAGGAAAAUCAAAAUAAUUAUGAAAAUGUUGAAUUUCUGCUGCCUUAAGUUUUAAAGUGUGCAAAGUGCAACUCUCCCAAAAAAUCAACGAAGAAUAAAACGCGUCCAAAAAAAGAAUCGUAAAACUGAAAAAAGCAAACAAACAUAAAAAUAAGCCCGUCGAGUAUGUUAGCCAACCCAACUUAGGCUGAAAAAAAGCGAGUUAAUAUUGCAACAUCAUUCAUCGCUACGCAAUUUUAUCGCGGGAAUAUCUGACAUGACAAAAAAGUCAUUGGCGUUGAUAAGAUGCAUUAUCAGCGGGGAAGACGAAGAUGAAGAUCCGCAACAGCAGCAGCAGCAAUUGAAAAGUGUUAAACAAGUCUACGAUAUGAUAACCUAAUUUCCUGCCGGGAAAGAGGCGAAAAAAAAAACGAUUUUUACAACAAGAUCAGAGAGAGACUCUUUAGUGAAAAGCAAAAGGCAAACAUAAGUAAAAGAUUUCAUAAAAAAGGGGCGUUCAUAUGUUUCAACGACACCCGAGGGCGUGGCGAACGCCCAAUAAACUGGCAAACAAACUAUAAACAACCAAAAGAGACACAGCGACUUACACACAAAAUUAUAAACAUUCGGAUUUUGGAGAGGAAGAGAAGAAGAGCUUCUCGAACGAAAAGAAACCCGGUGAACCGAAGUGGUGAUCUUUGAUGCGAAGAAACCUGCGCUUGGACUGGAGGGCCCUGGCGCUGCUGGGCGCCCUCCUCUCGUUCAUCAUCGCCUGGCCGGGCCUGGUGUUUGCGAUGCCCCUGAUGGCCACCUCGCCCGAUUCCUCCACAUCCGCAUCCACAUCCGCAUUCGGAUCCACAUCCGCAACCACAUACCCAUCCACAUCCACAUCCACAGAGAACAGCACGAACAAUAGCAAUCUGUUUAGUAAUAGUUAUCUACAAAGUGAUCAUAGUCGUAGUAGUUUAGUGCCGAGCGAACGAGUGAGUGAACGUGAACGUAGUGUAAAUCAACCCACAAAUCAAAGUAUUAAUGCUGAAUUUAAUCAGAGCGUAAGCACGCAAUUAACUGCCAUAACAAGCACCCCACGAUCCUCUGAUGAGGAGGAUGAGAACUCCGAUCAGUUGGAGGAGCCUUUGGGUUUCGUUAUCUCGGCGGCGUCCAAGGAGCAUCUGGCGGUUCUGUCGCGUACCGAACGCAGCAUUCGUCACCAGAGUCAGCAGCAGAGGAAGCACCACCACCCGCAAAACCAUCAUCAUCACCAGCAGCACCAGCAGCACCAGCAGCAUCAGCAGCAUUCGCAUCCGCAGCAGCAGCAGCAGCCGUCGUCGUCCGCUGACAAUAAUUUCAUUGGUUCGAAAUCGAAAAGACUGAGCAACCCUAGAAGUAAUCUAAACAUAAAUAGCAGUAGCAGUAACACCCCCAUCAGCAAUCUGGACCGCAACGAGCGCUCCACGGUGCCCCAGUCCCACUUGGCCUGGACCUCCCGCAAGAUCCAGCUGUACAUCAAGAACCGCAUCCUCCAGAUCAUGCGGGAUGGAGCCGUCAAUGGUACCCAGGACGAGAACAGUGAAUUCACGAUUCUCCAGCGCUCCACUGUGGAUGUGGGACGCAUCAAGCUGCAGAGCGUGGCCACUUGCCUCUACCUCUGCAUGGACGCGUGUGGUGUUCCCUACGGCUCGAAAGACUUCACUGACGACUGCGUCUUCAACGAGAACAUGGGUCUGCAGAACUACAACACGUACUCCUCCACUUACCACUCGCACGCGCGGCGGGUCUUCUACUUGGCUCUGAACGGGAGCGGGCAGCCGAGGCGCACCCAGAUCCCCGCCAGCCGAUCGCUGGGCAAGCUGAGCACCUACACGAACGCCAUCACGGAGACGGUGCCGCAGGAGCGGGUCGAGCAGCUGAUCGCCAAGAAUUUUGGGGCCAAUCGCGUCAAGCACGGCGUGCGGCAACUCUGUGAUACGGGCAAGCCGCUGAUCGAGCUGAUCGACUUGGCCAGGUUUAAGGGGCCACCUCAAUGCAGUGGCAACAACAAUAGUGGCAGCAGCAGCACUAGCAGCAGUAGCAGCAGUAGCAGCAGCAGCAGCAGCAGCAGCAACAGCAGUAGCAGCAGCAACAGCAGCAGCAGCAGUAGCAGUAGUAAAAGUAGUUACAGUAGCAGUAGUUACGUUCCUGUGCCUGCGAUCGGCAGCCUGAGUAGUAUUAGUAACAGUAGUCAAAGCGAGAGCGGCCAUAUUAGCAGUAGCGUUAGCAGUAGCAGUAGCAGUAGCAAUAACAGUAGCAGUAGCAACAAGCCCAACAAGAAGAAGAAGCCGCGCUGCAAGCCGCACGAGCAGGAGGACACCCACAAUUGCCAGAAGCGCGGUGGAACGGGAGCGAGUGCCAUGCGGAAACUGGGUCCCAAGGCUCAGCGAUGCAAGGAUUUGCGCGAGAAGGCGGCGGCCGAGAAGCGAGCGCCACCGAAUUGUGGCAAGAAGAAUGGAGCCAAGAGGAACCCAGUCGAGGCAGCCAAGGCAGUGCAGCAAAGGCCCAAGGGCAGCAUCCAGUCGGGUGGCAAGAGGAACAAAGGAAAUAAAUCCGGAAAGCAGCGGUUGAAUGGUGGCAAGAAGCACCAGCAACAGCAGCAGCUGCAACACCAGGCGAAGUCCGUUUCCGGUGGCAAGCGGAAGCACAGGAAAAUGGAAGUGAGCAGCUCCACCUCCACCUCCACAAUGGCCACCAGCCUGGCCACGCCCCCCGAAAUCCAUUGGGAGAGCAGUUCCCCCCUGCCCGCCUUCGCGCUCAGCGAAACCAGCGAUCGAGUGGAGCGCAAUGUGCGCAUGAGCAGCAGCGAGGACGAGCAGGAUCGGGAUCAGGAUCAGGAGGAGGAGCUGGCGGAGGAGGAGGGCGACGGCGAUGGGGGAUCCCUGGAGGAUGCCAGCUACGAGGACGCCAGCUCCGAAGCUCAAGGACGCAGCGGUGCAGCCGGCGACGAUUCGCUCUACUACGAUUUCGGACGUUUGUCCCCCCGGCGAUGAUCGAGGUCAAUGCCAGCCCCUCUAAAGACGAUGAAUAUCAAUGUAUUACGACGGAGUCUCGAGUAUUUUAUAAGAACCUCUCAGCCAACAAUUUGGACUACCAAUCACCAUCGAAAUGUAUAAUAAACGCACGCCCAUCCAAUCAGAUAGAUGUAAAAUCGAACCCAUAACCUUACGCAACGCGAAUGACCCAAAGAGUCUAUUGAAAUACUUGAGUCUCUGUGGCGGAACUUUCACGUUCGGUUGACGAUAAAAAAAUACUCAAAAAUACGACCACAGCGAUAAGUCUACCAGAAACUAAAUGAAAACUUGCAAAGCGCUUUCCCAAUAUUGUAAACGAGUGAAGCGGUGAAAAUUCGAAUAUGUCGAGGGAAUCCAUUUGUACAUAGAUCGCGGUUUAGUCGUAAGAUAUAAUUUCUUGUCUCUGUAUUGUCGAACCUCGCUGCCUCUCAGUGCGUAAAUCUAAGCUCUGUAAAUCAGUUUUAAAUGACGAUUUCCCCAAGGCAAAUCAAGCCAACGACACAUCGAAAAUAACUAUUAUAAAUUGAAUAACUGAAAAAAAGGAAUGAAAAACUCACAAAUUGUAUUUUUAACUACAACUACUUAUGAAACCAACAUGUAAUACUAAUUUAUUUGAUCAACGAGAGAUAAGCGUGAAAUUAUAGUUUGUAGCGUCUACGAUUGAGUUAUUUAUUUAUUUGCAAAUAUUUAUUUAUAAACUAUUUUUAAGACGACUAGGCACUAGACUAACAUAACUUUCCAGAUAAGUGAGUAAAUGAUCGAUGAAAACAGCAUGAGAAAAACGCGAAAAAAACUAAACUAAAAAAUAAAAUUAAAAAUACAUUAAUAUCAAAA